AUGCCGAGUGCACAGCUGCCUGGGCAGACGUCCAUGAAUACGGGCCAACCUGGAUCACCGGCGCUGACAUCUGGUUCCCCAGCACCGGCACAGCGCCCGGCCGCUGCAACGGGGCAAGGAAUGCAGCCAUAUACCCAAGUCCGACUUUCGGGCCAGUACAAUAACCCCAUUGUGACGGUGAACAGGAACGUGCUUGCGAACACACCUACGAAUUCCGACCCGUCGCCUGUGCCCGACCCUCGGGCAGCAGCGGCGCCGCGGCAAAACCCACCGUUCAUCAUCUCCAAUAGCCUUGCUGCUGCAUCGGGCCUCAAUGCCAACAUGCGGCGCCCCUCGUUGGCGACAUCCCGUGCUGCACCGGCGCUGCAGGCGCGUUUACCGCCACACAAGGAUCUGGUUGAGGAAGAUAAAGAACUUUCUGCACAGCGCGCACGAACAAAGCAGCGGAUGGACGACGCAUUGUCCAGCGACCACGACAAAUGUUUGCGACCAGCUGUGGAUACGCCGUUUGCAUCUGCAGAGGAUGUCGUGGACCGCUUAUUGCCGUAUCAUGUCUGGUUGCUACCGGAGAAGGAUUUGUUGCUCGGAAUGCAAGGUAAACUGAUUUCACGGCCCGCCGAAGCAUGCGAUGAGGAUGCGGCGUGCACAUUUGCCGUUCCUUACAAGCGUGCGAAAUAUGCAAAUUCUGCGCAAGAUACCCUGCUUACCCUACCGCCGUUCCCUAGCGUGUCUUCCACACUGUACUUGUACGAGCGACGUGCAAAGCUUGUGCAUGGCUGCAAGGCAAUCAAAACAAAAGCAGAUACGACGUACAUGCGUGCGCCUGAAAUGCUUGUAUCGCAGGAGCAGCUGGAACGUACACUGUACGAGGACGAAAUGCGCGACUUUCAGGAUCUCUCCAAUGAAUUGCGCCGUGCGCGUGCGCAGCUUGAAGAAAUUGAGCGACAGCGGAAUUGGCGCUUUGGCGUUCCCGCCGCGGCGUCUUUGUCUAUCCCAACACGCGACUGGGCGACCUCAUGGAAUGCAAAGCGCUUCGUGUCGCCGAGCACGCCCGAUAUUAGCCGCCGCUUAGAAAGCCUAUAUCCAUCGCAAGGCUAUGGUGCAAAUGCGCCCAUCACGCGACCAUUCAGUGUUGCUUCCAGCUCGCCUCGGCCUUCUGGAAAUGCGCCGCUUCCUGCGUUGACGCACGCUCUGGUAUCCCAUCUUGCCGGCCUCACAUCUGGCGGUGUGCGUGCGUUGCAGUCUGCUGGCUCGGCCAACGUGCCUUCGCCGCCAUCGUCAAGCGCAAUUCCGCUGGUGACACCUAAAGAAGAUGGGUCACAGACGUCGGUCCCGACGCAGCCUCUUCCUUUGGUCGUUCCUGUAGCUGCCGUGCCGAGGCUCACCGCACUUGGCAUCCAUCUCGUGCCUGCUACGCACCUCAUUCCUGCAUUAUCUUUGGCCAGUGCAGGCCAAUCAGUUGCGAUGAAUCCAGGGCUUACCGCGCCGCGUCCCAUCGUCGGCGUGCAAAACGAACCUGUGCUGUUGGUCGGUAUCACCGAUGCACACAACCCAGGCAUGAAUCCUAGCUCUCGCCAGCGCUUACAUUUGAGUGUCGUGCUUGCGAAACUGCGGCCCGAGCAGCUGAGUGGACUUGCGACGCUGAUGCAGGCACUGCAAGCGGAGGAAGAGGCGCCAGCGCCGACACAGCCCGAUAGGGGAGAUACAGUGUAA